UGUUUUUGAGUUUGAACUAGAGACAAGGCGCUCUCUCUCUUUGCUUCUAUCUUCUCUAAGAGCUCUCUCUAUCCUUCUGUCAUUUUUUGCUUUUUUUUUGUUUGUUUGUUUCAGAGAGAAUGUGUGUUCUUUUCUGUUUUGGAGAAGAGGAGGAGAUUAAAGUAGGCUAGAUAGGUAAACUAAACAGAGAGAGAAGCAAUCAUGGGUAUGGAGGAGUUUGAAGGCUUGGAUUGUUGUUACUGGCUCCUUUGACUUUGGCUUCCAUCUUUUUUCUCUGGCUCUGAAAACUAGAGGUUGCAACCAGAAAUGGAUUUUUCAGAGUCCACAAAAGUAGUUUACAGUAGGAUCCAGAAACUAGACCCUGAAAAUGUCGGCAAGAUUAUUGGCAUUCUUCUGUUACAAGAACAUGGUGAGCGUAACAUGAUCCGGCUGGCAUUUAGCCCUGAUAAUUUGAUCCAGUCUGUGAUUAAUAAGGCAAAAACCGAGCUAUGCAAACAUGUAGUGUCGUCUCCAAUCUCACCUUCUCAGGUGAACCAAGUGGCUGUUUCAGACCUGCCUAUGCAAUUCACUCCCUAUUCUCCAAGUUUAACACGACCAAUCUCGUGUCCCACAACUCUAGGAGCAGCUAAUCCAUUUAGUAGGGAGGCUCAAGUGGCUGGUGAUCAGCAACCACUGCAAGCUGUAGACUUCAUCCCACCAGGGUACUUGGAUUCUGCUGCUGAAGAUUAUUGCCUCCAGAGUCAUCAAAUGCAGUUUCUGCCAGACUUCUCGAGCAAUAUCUGCUAUCAUGAACCUGCAUUGGGUGUGAGGACUCGAAGGUCUCCAAGCUUGCCUGAGUUUCCUCUUAAGGUUUGCCAUUACUUCAGUAAGGGCUUUUGCAAGCAUGGAAACAACUGCAGGUACUUCCAUGGCCACGCCAUGCCAGAGAGCUUCUCACAGUUUUUCUGCCCGAACUCAAAUGAGGCUCAAGGUGAUGACCAUGUUGUCUCUCCUGGCUCCCUUGAGAAGCUAGAGUAUGAAAUAAUUGAACUUCUGAAAUCUAGAAGAGGGUUUCCCAUAUCUAUUGCCUCUUUGCCAAUGAUGUAUUAUGAGAAAUAUGGGAGGACUCUUCAGGCCGAGGGGUACCUUACUGAGAGCCAGAGACAUGGUAAGGCUGGUUAUAGCCUCACAAAGCUUCUUGCUAGAUUGAAAAACAGCAUUCGUCUCAUUGAUCGGCCUCAUGGACAACACUCGGUUAUAUUGGCCGAAGACAUUCCAAAAUACUUGGAGUAUACUGGCGAGAAAACUGAACCUGGUGGAAUCAUUGCUGGUUCUCGACAGAUUUAUCUCACUUUUCCAGCUGAGAGUAAUUUCACUGAGCAAGAUGUUUCCAAUUAUUUCAACAAAUAUGGGCCAGUUCAAGAUGUGCGCAUCCCAUGCCAGCAGAAGAGGAUGUUUGGGUUUGUCACCUUUCUUUAUGCAGACACGGUGAGACAUAUUUUGUCGAAAGGGAACCCUCAUUUUGUAUGCGGGGCUCGUGUUCUGGUGAAACCUUACAGGGAAAAGUCUAGGCCUGUCGACAGGAAGUUUUCAGACAAGAUGCAGCAUUCUCCAUGCUUCAAUUCACAUUACAUUGAUGCGGAUGCAGAUCUUCACUCAAUGCCAAGAAUUUGUGACAGUUCAAGACUGCUAAGAAAGCAAUUCAUAGAGGAGCAUCAGCAGGUACUUGAGUGUGAGAGAAGGCGUCGCUCGGAAAUGCACUUAGCAGCCAAGCCCUUGUCACAUCAUCAUCAUCUCUAUUAUGGCUACUCUAUGGAUGAUUUCAAGCAUCCAGAAGCUAAUGCAGACCAAGCUGAGUUCCCAUAUGCAAAGGAAUUUAACAUUUUGCUGGAUGCUUGGAAUAAUGCUUCCAUCAGUGAGGACAAAAUUCGACACAUAAACACUAAUUACACCGAUCACCAGGAUAGCAGCCAAGGUAUUAUCCUCCCAGAGAGCCCAUUCGCAUCUGCAGUAUCAACAGUUACAUAGGGAUUCAAACAAACAGUAAUUAUAGAGAGGUAGAGGUACCGGAUUGCUACACUAAGACACUACUAAUUUAUGCUUUGGAUACAACAGGACAGACCUACAUAUUCUUCUAUUGCACUUUCACUUUACCUCAAGUUCAUGGGUCUGUUCAGCUAAAUAUAUAGAGUUCGUUUACACCAACUGAAGAACAGAGAGUAGAAGUACUUCCAUUUUCCCCAAUAUGUGGAGGAGAAGAAUUCUAAGGAAGAAAGAUACAGAAAGCUAAUAUGUCACAGGUUUCUAAGCCUUUUUCUUUUCGCCCGUUACUUCUUUUAAUGUAAUCACAGAGGUUGCAAUUGAGACUAGAGGCCCUAGAGGGCUUGUGGGUUUUUUACUGAAAUAUAAGUAGUUUGCUAUUAGUUGAAGAAGAAAGUAAGUGGUAGUGGAAAAAAUGCAGGAUAUGCAGAGUGAAGAAAAAAGGUGUAGAGAGAUCUCUGCAGCACUGAGAAACAGAUUCCAAUAAAAUUUGAGUUAUACAAAUUUUCUGGUUACCUUGCUAUAUAUUUAAAAUGCUUAUACCAUGCAUUAUCUG